AUGAAUGAGGAGAUCAAGGAUUUUGUCAGCAAGUGUAGCACAUGCAGCACAUUUCAAAGGAAACAACAGAAAGAACCAUUAAUGACACAUGAUGUCCCAGACCAGCCAUGGUCAAAACUUGGAAUUGACAUGUUUACUCUAAAGACUGAGGAUUACCUUGUCACAGUUGACUUUUACUCAGAUUUCUUUGAGCUCGACCUACUUCCAGAUACCACAGCAGCCACAGUAAUCAGCUGUUUGAAACUACAUUUCGCACGUCACGGAACACCUGAUGUAGUAAUUACCGACAUCGGCCCGCAGUUCAAAUCAACAGACUUUCAUGAUUUUUUAUGUAAUUGGGAGUUUCAGCAUGUAACCUCCUCCCUUUAUUAUAGUCAGUCAAACGGAAAAGCAGAAGCAACGGUGAAAAUCGCAAAGAACAUGGUGCGCAAGGCCAAGAAGAACGGAGAUGAUCUGUGGUAA